UGUCACUGUCAGCCUUUCUUGGAAUAAAUAGUGAAUUUUAACCAAUAAUUCUAUUAAUUUUUACCGUAUUUGACUAACAGAAAGUAUAAAUGAAGCUUCUAAAACCCAGUUGGGUUAAUCAUGAUGAUAAGCCAAUAUUUUCUGUCGACAUCCACCCUACGGGGAAGAGGUUUGCGACUGGCGGGCAGGGCGGAGACUCUGGACGGGUGGUCGUGUGGAACUUGAACUCGGUGCUGUAUGAAAAUGUGGAGGUGGACCCGAAUGUUCCGAAGAUGUUGUGCCAGAUGGACAAUCAUUUGGCCUGCGUUAACUGCGUUCGGUGGAGUAAUGCAGGCCGAUAUCUGGCUUCCGGUGGAGACGACAGACUGGUCAUGGUGUGGGGGCUCAGUGUGGUUGCAAAUGGCACUCCGGGGAAGCUGAAAGCUGAGACGUGGAGAUGUAUAGCUACUUUGAGAGGACAUGCAGGUGAUGUCCUGGACCUGGCCUGGUCCCCGCUGGACAAGUGGCUGGCCAGCUGCAGCGUGGACAACACCAUCAUCAUCUGGAACGCGGAGAAGUUCCCUGAGAUGGUCUGUGUGCUUAACGGGCACACCGGGCUGGUGAAAGGCGUCGCUUGGGACCCUGUUGGCAAAUACUUGGCAUCGCAGUCUGACGAUAAAUCACUUCGGGUCUGGAAGACAGCCGACUGGGCGCAAGAAACAGUCAUCACCGAGCCUUUCGAAGAAUGCGGUGGCACGACCCACGUACUCCGCCUCUCCUGGUCCCCCGACGGCCAGUACGUGUUGUCCGCGCACGCCAUCAACGGGGGCGGCCCCACCGCGCAAGUGGUAGAAAGAGACGGCUGGCGGUGCGACAAGGACUUCGUAGGACAUAGGAAGGCUGUCACUUGCGCUCGCUUCAACAACAACAUAUUCGUGAAGGAAGGCAAGAAGUGUUGCUGCGCGGCCGUCGGUGCCAGAGACAGGGCGCUAUCUAUCUGGCUCACUUCACUAAAGCGCCCUCUAGUGGUCGUGCACGAUCUCUUCAGCGACAGUGUGUUGGAUCUAUCUUGGAGCUCUGAUGGUCUGAAUCUCCUCGCCUGCAGUUCAGAUGGUACAGUCGCCUGCAUACAGUUCACCAACAAGGAGAUUGGCACACCUCUAACACUGGAUGAAAAGAACGCCUUCUAUGAAAAAAUCUACGGAAAGUGUCCGGCCAAUGAUUCAGCUCUCUCCAACUUACUGGUGGAGUGUCCGGAGAUCCUGCUCGCUAGAGAGAAGCCUGACGCCUGUCGAGACAGUCGGGACGCCUCACUCAUCAGUGAGAAGUCUCAGGUAAUCUAUAGAUAAAUCUACGGCAAGUGUCCGGCCAACGAUUCCGCUCUUUCUAACUUACUGGUGGAGUGUCCGGAGAUCGUGCUCGCUAGAGAGAAGCCUGACGCCUGUCGAGACAGUCGGGACGCCUCACUCAUCAGUGAGAUGUCUCAGCAAUCCAAGCCAGCACUCACAGCAUCGCCCGUGUCUCUGCGACCAGUGGACCGGCAGAUAGAGACACGCACUUCGGAUGGCAAGCGAAGAAUCACACCCGUCUUCAUACCGCUCACUAUGGUCGCUAGUGAAUCUCUCGGCUCAAUGCCAACCGGCACAGAGAAUUGCUUCAGUACCUCAUCUCAGAGCAAAUCUCGGAUCCGAGUGGAGAGGCGAGACGACAUAGUGAUUCACCCUAAUGUGAGCAACCAUGGGAAUUCCAGUCAACACAAUAAGAGUGUAGAUAACGGGCUCGACCAGCGAUUACGCAAGCGUUCAGCACCUUCCCUCCCCGGCCCCAAGACUGAGGAGGUGCAAGUGAAGAGGAGCGCCAACGGGGCGCCGCCUCCCGCCUUCCAGGCGCUGCCCGCGCCCGCGCUGGGCAGCGCCGGGCCCGUCGUGCGCGCCGCCGGGGCGCUGCGCCUGCAGGUGAUCAACAAAGCGUGUAAUACACAUUACGGCACGCUGUCCCGGUUACAACUGCUGCCCAACAAUUCCGCCUCCAGCGAUCCCGUCUGGGAAACAUAUUUAGGUUCCCCGGUGACGUGCAUAGCGUGCGACGCGCGCUGGGCCGCCGUGUCGUGCGCGGACGGCGCGCUGCACGCGUGGAGGCUCGCGCGGACUACUGCGCACCGGGCCCUGCCGCCCCUCGGUGAGUAUAACAUAACGUAUGUCCCAGGUGCCCCGGUGACGUGCAUAGCGUGCGACGCGCGCUGGGCCGCCGUGUCGUGCGCGGACGGCGCGCUGCACGCGUGGAGGCUCGCGCGGACUACUGCGCACCGGGCCCUGCCGCCCCUCGGUGAGUAUAACAUAACGUAUGUCCCAGGUGCCCCGGUGACGUGCAUAGCGUGCGACGCGCGCUGGGCCGCCGUGUCGUGCGCGGACGGCGCGCUGCACGCGUGGAGGCUCGCGCGGACUACUGCGCACCGGGCCCUGCCGCCCCUCGGUGAGUAUAACAUAACGUAUGUCCCAGGUGCCCCGGUGACGUGCAUAGCGUGCGACGCGCGCUGGGCCGCCGUGUCGUGCGCGGACGGCGCGCUGCACGCGUGGAGGCUCGCGCGGACUACUGCGCACCGGGCCCUGCCGCCCCUCGGUGAGUAUAACAUAACGUAUGUCCCAGGUGCCCCGGUGACGUGCAUAGCGUGCGACGCGCGCUGGGCCGCCGUGUCGUGCGCGGACGGCGCGCUGCACGCGUGGAGGCUCGCGCGGACUACUGCGCACCGGGCCCUGCCGCCCCUCGGUGAGUAUAACAUAACGUAUGUCCCAGGUGCCCCGGUGACGUGCAUAGCGUGCGACGCGCGCUGGGCCGCCGUGUCGUGCGCGGACGGCGCGCUGCACGCGUGGAGGCUCGCGCGGACUACUGCGCACCGGGCCCUGCCGCCCCUCGGUGAGUAUAACAUAACGUAUGUCCCAGGUGCCCCGGUGACGUGCAUAGCGUGCGACGCGCGCUGGGCCGCCGUGUCGUGCGCGGACGGCGCGCUGCACGCGUGGAGGCUCGCGCGGACUACUGCGCACCGGGCCCUGCCGCCCCUCGGUGAGUAUAACAUAACGUAUGUCCCAGGUGCCCCGGUGACGUGCAUAGCGUGCGACGCGCGCUGGGCCGCCGUGUCGUGCGCGGACGGCGCGCUGCACGCGUGGAGGCUCGCGCGGACUACUGCGCACCGGGCCCUGCCGCCCCUCGGUGAGUAUAACAUAACGUAUGUCCCAGGUGCCCCGGUGACGUGCAUAGCGUGCGACGCGCGCUGGGCCGCCGUGUCGUGCGCGGACGGCGCGCUGCACGCGUGGAGGCUCGCGCGGACUACUGCGCACCGGGCCCUGCCGCCCCUCGGUGAGUAUAACAUAACGUAUGUCCCAGGUGCCCCGGUGACGUGCAUAGCGUGCGACGCGCGCUGGGCCGCCGUGUCGUGCGCGGACGGCGCGCUGCACGCGUGGAGGCUCGCGCGGACUACUGCGCACCGGGCCCUGCCGCCCCUCGCACUAAUGUCACCCGCAGCCAAACUGACCCUGUCGGGUGACACCCUAGCGGCCGUCACUACAUCCGCCGAACUCGGUAUUUGGGACCUCGCCAAUGCUACGUGCAUAGUCAGGCCGCUAAGUUUUAGGAGCCUAAUGCAGCCCGGAGUGUCGGUAACAAACUGCUCUCUACUGGAAGACGGCAAUCCAAUGAUCUCACUUAGCAACGGGAAAAGUUAUAUAUAUUGCAAGAAAUUGUACGCGUGGGUGGUAUGGGCGGAUGCCCGUGACCCGGUGUGGCGAGCGUGCGGCGGCCACGCCUCCACCAGGGCGCCCCGCUCCUCGCACAACCUGUAUCCUGUGCAGCCGCGAGCCACACAAGCUAAUACUGGCGGCUACAGUUCGGACGCGGCUAGAAGCUGGCUGGAAGCUCAAGUGGCCUCGUGCUUCCACCUUAGACUAGCGAAGGACUACCGACAUUGGAUCACGGCGUUGUUCGGACACCUCGUCAACCACGGUAAUGAAGACCAGCUGAGAACGAUAUUAGACGACAUGCUGGGGCCCAGUCAUUGUACCAGCACACCCAAGAAGUGGCAGGCCACAGUUCUGGGUAUAAAGAAGCACGACAUUUUAGACGACAUGUUAUCCUUAUUGGUACGUCAGCUGCGCUGGCAGCGCCUCUACAGCGAGUACAUAGACCAACUACGGGACAUACGCGAAGCACGCGAGAGACCCAUGCUCAAUGGACACUGAAGCCGGUAUAUCAAACGGACAUUGCAACACGCAUAUUCUUUCAAUACCGUCUACCGGAGUGAAUAAAGGUGGCGGAGAGAUUAGG